CCUCCAAGACACACACAGCAUUUAAUUUUUAUAAAGAAUGAAACGGAUGCACAUUUUUGCAAUCCCAUAAAAAAUCGUUUUUUUGAUACUGAUUUCUAACACUCUGAAGCACAUUUCAUCUGUGGUCCAAACACAAAAUCUUUUGUUUGCCCUGCUUUUGUUUUGUUUUGUUCCAUUCCAUCCAUUCACCUUGUUCUAUGUUCAUCUCCAGCACCCCUUGAUUCAUUCAUUCAAAAGCCACAAACUUGAAUUGAUGAUGGGGUACCUCUACCUUUCUUGCAGAGCCGAAUCCGCUGUCUCAACCUCCAAUUCGGUGUCCUCUUCCAAAGAGAAAAGCAGCAGCAUCAAGAUCCAAGAGUUUCUGUACAGUGACCUCGAAGCUGCCACCAAUGGCUUCUCCGACCGCAAGCUCCUCGGCAAAGGGAGCCACGGCUACGUCUACAAGGCCGUCGUUCGCGGCCGUCCCGUGGCGGUGAAACGUCCAUCGCGGCCACAGCAUCAUCAUAACAAUGUUCCCCAACGACCUGUCUCUUGUUCUUCUUCCUCUGCACCCUCCGAGGUCGACAACGAGAUCGACAUCUUGUCCAAAAUCCAGAGCCCCAGGUUGGUCAAUCUGGUCGGGUUCACCAAUGAUUCAAGAGACAGGCUUUUGGUGGUUGAGUUCAUGAGCAAUGGCACCCUCUACGAUGUUCUUCAUUCCUCUCCAAGGCCUCCCAACUGGGGUAGGAGGAUUCGUUUGGCUUUGCAGACUGCAAAAGCUAUUGACACUCUUCACUCCUCAACCCCUCCUGUGAUUCACCGUGAUAUCAAGUCUGCUAAUGUUCUCAUCGACCGCAGCUACAAUGCAAGGUUAGGUGAUUUUGGUUUGGCCUUAAGAGGCCAUGUUGAUGAUUACAGACUCAGGUCUACUCCUCCUGCUGGCACCAUGGGCUAUCUUGAUCCUUGUUAUGUCACUCCUGAUAAUUUAAGCACCAAAACUGAUGUUUUUAGUUUUGGGAUUUUGUUGUUGGAGAUUAUAAGUGGAAGGAAGGCUAUUGAUAUCACUUAUUCACCUCCUUCCAUUGUGGAUUGGGCUAUUCCUCUUAUUAAGAAAGGGAAAUUGUUGGCUGUUUAUGAUCCUAGAAUAGCACCCCCCAAGGAUCCGAUUGUGAGGAAGCAGUUGGCUGUGAUUGCUGCCAAGUGUGUGAGGUCUUGUAGGGAGAGAAGGCCCUCUAUGAAGGAGGUUGUUACUUGGCUUUGUGGGUUGUGUAAAUUGGUGCCUCUUCAUUCGUGGAAUGGUUUUAACAACCCUUGCAUGAUGGUUGAGAUUGCAGGGCGCCCGGUGGAAGCGGCGGCAGCGGCAAGGAAUUAUGGUCAAUUCAGUUCUAGGCUGGAAGGUGUGGAGGAAGGAAAGUUUGAUGCUUUGGAUGGCAGGUUGUCAAAGUCUGCAAUGAGGUAUUCUAGGAGGGUGUACUCUGAUUUGGGGUUCAGCAGCAACUUGAUGGACUUGAUGGCUACCACUGAGGAGCCUGAAUUUCUUAGAGAUGCGGAUGGGGUGGAACAUAGUUCUAAGUCAGCUGAACAAGUUUCUGGUAGCUCCAGCAGGUUUGGGAGUGGAAGAUAUUCCAUAAGAGGGAGGAAUCUGUACCGGCCUUGUUGGAGCGACAAGGAUGCAUUAGGCUUGAGUAAAGGCCAGAUUUUAGGUCAGAGUGAGACUACUUCGAAACAGGAUGGGGUUUCUGGUUCCAAUUCGAAGAAUUUGAAUUCUGUUGCUGCCGAGGUUAUCUAGUUUGAAUUUAAUUGCCGAGACAUUUAAUUGGAGUGAUGAUGCCUAGGCUUGUGAGCUUUCCUUGCUUGCAAAUUGUGUAGAUUUGUUGUUGGUUCAUUAUUUGUGGAUUUCAGAUUCAUUUUUAGUAGGUUUUUGGAUUGAAGGGCACAUUCCUGAUGUCCCCUUAACGUUGUUCAAAAAGCUUUGCCUAAAGAUUUUGUUUCCCCCUCAAAAACAAAUGCAAAAGCCAUUGUAUGAAUGAUUCAAGAAAAAUUCUAAAAACUAAUACAUGAAGCUGCCGCAGAAAAAUUGUAAAAAAAAUCUACCAUUGCUUGUUGGUUGAAUAAACUGUUUGUAUGUAGCUCAAAUAAAAUUUUCAAUACCAGCACUGUUGUGGUCCUUCUUUUUUGCAA